ACACACACAGAGAGAGAGUGUGAGAGAGAGAGAGACGAUUUCCUGCGAAGGACGACAGAUUUGGGUCGCUGUUUUUGACUGUCACUCUUUUAAUAAUUUUACCUGCCUACAUUGCGCAAAGACUUGCUUCAUGUUGUUGUCUGUGUAGAAACUUACCAAUAUAAUAACUUUAUUAGCGCAUUUACUGGAUAUUCAUUUGAAUUUCUCUGAAACGAUCGUCUGGAUAAAUGUCUUCAAAAGUGCCAUUUUAGUUCGUUUUAUUUUUUUAAUCAAAUGAUAUAUGACUUUUUAGCACCGUGUAGGAUUGCUUUAUUUAGUUUAUUUGUAUCUAGUAUAGACUAUUAUGAGAUUCAAAGGCUACCUGAGGCUUCGUAUCGGGGAAGCGGUGAAUUUAAAACCGACAACUUUCUCGACUCGGCACACCUUACAAAGGAAAAGCCACCUGGAUCCCUACAUAGUUGUGAAAGUGGAUAACGUUAUACUUGGACAGACCGAAACAAAAAUAAAGACCAACAGACCGACCUUCAAUGAUGAAUUCUGCCCAUACAUCUCAAAUGGCAAAGAGUUGGAGCUGGCUGUGUUUCACAGCACCCCUAUAGGAUACGACGACUUUGUUGCCAAUUACAGAAUCCAGCUGGAGGAUUUAUUAACAUCAUCAAACACAAGACAAACGUUUGAGGGAUGGGUGAAUCUGGAACCAGAAGGAAGUGUUUAUAUCACCCUCUCUCUCACCGGCACCUUUACAGAUGACGAAGCAGUUGUGAAUAUAAUAAAGAGUCAUAGAAACCUAACCAGAAAGAGGCAAAGAGCAUUGAAGAGAAGAAAGGUCCAUCAGGUCAAUGGACAUAAAUUCAUGGCAACCUUUCUUCCGCAGCCAACGUUUUGUUGCCAUUGCAAAAACUUCAUCUGGGGUGUAUUUGGAAAGCAAGGUUAUCAGUGUCAGGUGUGCACAUGUGUGGUCCAUAAGAAAUGCCACGAUUUGGUUGUAACCGAGUGCCCACGUAUGAAGAAAAAUAUGACUGAGGGCCCAAGCCUGGGAUUCAGCAUCAACGUGCCGCACCAGUUCCGGGAACACAACUACAAAGUUCCCACGUACUGUAACCACUGCGGAUCUCUACUUUAUGGAAUAGUGAAACAGGGUCUCCACUGCAAGAGUUGCAAGAUGAACAUCCAUAAACGAUGCCAGCAGAACGUUGCACCUAACUGCGGAAUAAACAACGCAGAGCUGGCCACCAAACUAGCAGAGAUGGGUUUGCAAGCGGGAAGACUUUCCAAACGGCAGUCACAAAUGAACAUACCAGGACCUCUAAGCUACUCUAUUAAACCGGAAAAAAAUGGCUCUGAUGAAGAAACUGUUACAGUGGGUUUGGAGGACUUCAGUUUCUUGCAAGUGCUAGGAAAAGGCAGUUUUGGCAAGGUGAUGCUGGCUCGUUUGAAAAGUGACCAUAGGGUCUUUGCGGUGAAAAUGUUGAAGAAGGAUGUCAUACUGCAAGAAGAUGAUGUCGAAUCGACCAUGAUUGAGAAGAAAGUGCUGACUUUGUCCCACCAGCACCCGUUCCUUACACAGCUCUACUACUGCUUUCAGACACCUGAGCGGUUAUUCUUUGUCAUGGAGUUUGUGAAUGGCGGUGACCUCAUGUUCCACAUCCAGAAGUCCAGGCGUUUUGAAGAGCCACGAGCACAGUUUUAUGCUGCUGAGGUCACUUUGGCCCUUAGGUUCCUUCACGCCAAAGGCAUCAUUUACAGGGACCUGAAGCUGGAUAAUGUGCUUUUGGACAGUGAAGGCCACUGCAAACUGGCAGAUUUUGGCAUGUGCAAAAUUUUGGACAUGUCAAAUGGAAGACUAACUACCACUUUCUGUGGGACUCCAGAUUACAUUGCACCUGAGAUCAUCAUGGAGGAACCAUAUGGUGUGUCAGUGGACUGGUGGGCUCUUGGUGUGCUGCUCUAUGAGAUGCUGUCAGGUCAUGCUCCAUUUGAAGCAGACACUGAGGAUGAGCUCUUUGAGUGUAUCCUCCGAGAUGAAGUUAUUUAUUCAUCCUGGCUCAGCAAUGAGGCAGAAGACAUCCUUAAAGGACUCCUCACCAGAGACCCAGCUUCCCGGUUGGGUUGCACAAACAGAGAUGGAGGAGAAGAGGCCAUAGCUGCACAUCCGUUCUUUGCGGGACUUGACUGGGAGAAGCUGAACAAACGAGAGAUCAAACCACCUUUCACUCCUCGAAUAGAAUCGGUUGAAGACGUGAACAAUUUUGACCCUGACUUUACCCAAGAAGAACCCACACUUACACCCAUAGAAGAUGGAAUUUUCCCAUUCAACCCGGAUGAUUUUAAAGACUUCACGUACACGGCACCAGAACUGCGAUCAGCCAGUUAGCAGCCAGACAUUGCUUAUUUAUUUUGCAUGAACAGAUGAUCAUUUUAAACUUCAUUUUCAACUUGUAAUAACCUCUGUUGUUAAAAUAUAUGUAUAUUUUUUAUACACUCUCUAAAUCCAUGCUUUCCAAAUACACUUAUGCUGUAAACUGGUUUCAGAAUUAAAAGCCACACCUGUUAAAAAUAGGUCAAAGGGUCAAGGUCAAUAACUGUAAACAAAUACAUUGCAAUGUACUUCACCAGGACCAAAGAAUAUUAUGUAUUCCAAAAAGAACUGAUGCUUUUUGAAUGCAGUUUGUAAUUUAUGUUACUUGUGUAGCUGUGCAGUGUUACUUUUGUAUUUGUUACUAGGCUGAUAAUAUUUGUCAUGCAGUUGCCAAGUGCUUUGUUUAGCAACUUUGUGGUAAGCAUGGGAACAGAUUCACCUUACAAAUGAAUUCACUGGAACGAGUUUGUUAUAAGUUUAAGCAAUUUGCAUCACCUUCUUGUAUAAAAAGUCAGUUUGUUCGUUAAAAAUUAAAUAACAGUGGUGUUUAUGUAAACAUCAUGUGACAGUACUGGCAUAUCACCUGUCUAUUGUUUUGAAUAAUAAAUCAGUGGAGCUUAA